AUGGAUAUUUGUGAACAAGAUAAUUUAGGAAGAUUAAGUACUAUUCACCUAGUUCUUGUGGAUAAAUUUGGUAUCAACAGUCAUCAAGCUGUUAUGUUAGCUGCUGGUAUUAGUCAAGAGUUGGAUAGUGUAAAAUCAGGUCAACACCCUUAUACACCAGAAAAAAUAAAAAAAAUUAUUUCAAAAGCUGGAAAAACUCGACCAGAUUUUAUGCAAUCAACAAAUUAUAAACCAUAUAAAUCAAAAAAAAUACUUGGAAAACUAUUUCAAAGUGCUAAUCAUCUUACAGAUACUUUUUCAAAUGCAAAUUUUGAUAAAAACUAUCUAGUAUUAAUUGAUUUAGCACUUCUUCAUGAAAACUUUGAAAAAUAUAUCGAUUUUGCUCAACACCUAUAUCGUAUAUAUAGAUAUGAAAUAUUAGAAAUUAUGGGAGCUUAUGGAUUUUCUAAUGAAAUUGAUCUAUUUUGUUGUGCUGAAUCCUGUGAUAUGGAUGCUAAUGAACGUAGCGAUAUUCAACAUACAGUACAGCAAUUACUCAAAGCCGUUUUUCAUGAUAUGCGACAUAUAUUUUUCAAUGAUGCUAUGUCGGCUUCUGAAGAAAAAGCAAAAGCAGCUGCUUGCUAUUGCGUAGCUUAUACUGAUGACAAUGAUACGGAUGAACGUAUGUUAAGUUUUCCAUGGUUAUUUGCUUCGCAACUUCUUCUUGAUUGUCCAAAUAAUUUAGAAGAUGAAGAUGAACCUAUAUUAGAUUAUAAUUCAACGAUAGCUAAUUGGUUAAAAUUAUACAUACCAAGUUUAUUAAGUUUAAUUCCAAAUAAAGAUGAUCUAACAUUUACGGAAAUCUUGGAAAUUUGCUUUCAAAAGUCUAUUGAAGAUUUUACCAAAAUGCAAUAUGAUCCAAAUAAACAAGCUUAUAAUAACUAUGGCAAUCAAUAUCCACCAAUGAAUCAACCACAAUUCGGACCAGGAAAUAUGUAUGCACCUAACAAUGUUGCACCACCACCAUAUGGACAAUAUCCACAACAACCAAGUGGCUAUCCAACACCAGGUGCAGGAUAUCCAGGUCAAGCACCGAUGUAUCAACAGCAAGGUUUUGUUGUUACACCAAAUUAUCGAUUUUGGAACAAUAUGCGAUUAACACCCAUUGAUUCUAAUACUAAAGUAUUUUUAAUCAUUUCAGGUAUCUUUUGUUUGAUAUGGGGUAUAAUGGCAUUCGGUCUAGAAAUUGGUAUCAUCGUUAAUUCUUAUUCGACUUAUUAUCGUGGUAUUUGGGCAGGUGGAUUUCUUAUUGGUAGUGGGAUUAGUAUGUUGAUUGUAGCAUGCAAGACAUCUCACAAUCUGACUCAAUUAAUAACAACAUUUACUAUUACACUGAUUCUUUGUAUACUAGCGCUUAUUUUAUCUAUUGUGAAUAUCUCUGCCUCGUACCGAUGUAGUUCAGUGUAUAUUUCAUAUUUUUGUGAUGGAAUAUUAGCCACGAAUUUAAAAACAGUCAUCUUAGUCUUAUUCGUGAUUGCUAUUAUUCAUUCUAUAAUCAAUAUGACUGUGAUUGGUAGAGUACAAAAAAGAGCAGCAACAACAUCUCCAACAAAUAUGCCGCACUAA